GGAAGGCGCGCCAUGAUUGGCUGUAGCAUGUCCUCUCGCUCGGGCCUGACGGGCAGGGGGGGUUAUUGUGUGUGUGAGGCUAGGAGUGCGCGGUACCGGCGGCAGAGCGGAGCGUAGUUACUGGGCAACUUCUAACGGAAUUCCUCACGGCGACGCUCGGACCUCCGGAACAUGGUAAAUAGCUCGCACGGAGUAGAGCACACCCUUAAAAAUAUCACUGUCCGAGCACAGCGACAGAGAGAGACCCCUGCUGAUUCCUCGGCAAAUGAAAUGGCGGGAAACCUCAGACCGGCUGACAGGGGAGCGGAGCGGAUAAGCACACACUGAUAAAAGGCGUCACCGCACCCGGGGAGAGCUCUCACCGCACCGGGUGACGGCGGCGGCUCCGUCCGGAAAGCAAGUCCUGCCGCAGCGGGGGGGAGAUUGAAUAGCACUGACACUGCGGGGGGCAUGACCUGUCUGCGGGCUGUCACCACGGGCACCCGGCCCCACAGUGUGCAGGAUGGCAGGGGGGCUCACAGCCUGACCCCCGCACACACUGACAGGAGGGGGGCUCACAGUCUGACCCCGCACACACUGACAGGAGGGGGCUCACGGCCUGACCCCCGCACACACUGACAGGAGGGGGCUCACGGCCUGACCCCCGCACACACUGACAGGAGGGGGCUCACGGCCUGACCCCCGCACACAUUGACAGGAGGGGGCUCACGGCCUGACCCCCGCACUCACUGACAGGAGGGGGCUCACAGCCUGACCCCCGCACACGCUGACAGGAGGGGGGCUCACAGCCUGACCCCAGCACACGCUGACAGGAGGGGGGCUCACAGCCUGACCCCCGCACACACUGACAGGAGGGGGGCUCACAGCCUGACCCCCGCACUCACUGACAGGAGGGGGCUCACGGCCUGACCCCCGCACUCACUGACAGGAGGGGGGCUCACGGCCUGACCCCCGCACUCACUGACAGGAGGGGGCUCACGGCCUGACCCCCGCACUCACUGACAGGAGGGGGGCUCACGGCCUGACCCCCGCACACGCUGACAGGAGGGGGGCUCACAGCCUGACCCCAGCACACGCUGACAGGAGGGGGGCUCACAGCCUGACCCCCGCACACACUGACAGGAGGGGGGCUCACAGCCUGACCCCCGCACUCACUGACAGGAGGGGGCUCACGGCCUGACCCCCGCACUCACUGACAGGAGGGGGGCUCACGGCCUGACCCCCGCACUCACUGACAGGAGGGGGCUCACGGCCUGACCCCCGCACUCACUGACAGGAGGGGGGCUCACGGCCUGACCCCCGCACACGCUGACAGGAGGGGGGCUCACAGCCUGACCCCCGCACUCACUGACAGGAGGGGGCUCACAGCCUGACCCCCGCACACGCUGACAGGAGGGGGGCUCACAGCCUGACCCCCGCACACGCUGACAGGAGGGGGGCUCACAGCCUGACCCCAGCACACGCUGACAGGAGGGGGGCUCACAGCCUGACCCCCGCACACACUGACAGGAGGGGGGCUCACAGCCUGACCCCCGCACUCGCUGACAGGAGGGGGCUCACAGCCUGACCCCCGCACUCGCUGACAGGAGGGGGCUCACAGCCUGACCCCCGCACACGCUGACAGGAGGGGGGCUCACAGCCUGACCCCCGCACACGCUGACAGGAGGGGGGCUCACAGCCUGACCCCCGCACUCGCUGACAGGAGGGGGCUCACAGCCUGACCCCCGCACUCGCUGACAGGAGGGGGCUCACAGCCUGACCCCCGCACUCACUGACAGGAGGGGGCUCACAGCCUGACCCCCGCACUCACUGACAGGAGGGGGCUCACAGCCUGACCCCCGCACACACUGACAGGAGGGGGCUCACAGCCUGACCCCCGCACUCACUGACAGGAGGGGGGCUCACGGCCUGACCCCGCACACACUGACAGGAGAGGGUCACAGCCUGACAGGAGGAGCUCACCACGAUGUAACGAACUGAACCUCGGACUGGACCUAUCACAAAUCUCGGGCAACACUCUGCGCGGAGAGGCAGACCACAAGGUUCACAGAGCAUUUUACGAAAGGGGGAAAUGCUAUCCCAAUACUGCAAGCUGUCCGAGCAUCCAUUCUUCUCUGAUAUGUACUGUCAGCUGUGUUUCAUACUCUGACCUUUAUCGGGUAGAGAGAGACAUGCUUCAUUCUAAAACAUGCUAAGCAUAGUGCCAAGUUUUACUCAUACUACCAAAUUCUGUAUAAAAACCCUGUCAUCAGGAUGUUUCAAACAGUUACAACAAACACUAUAAAAUCUGUCUAUGAUUCACAAACUUUAGCGUGUAAUAAUACCAGCAACACACAUUAAAUUGUAGUGGUUAGUUUUAAAUCAUUCAACCAUUUGCAUAUUGCUGAAUUAAAAACAAACUUGAAUUUCAUAACCUACAUUUACUUUUGGUAUGUUCGGAAUGUACAAUUCAUGUGUUGCACACACAACUGAUUAUAAUUUAGAUCUCUGCCCCCAAAGGUUUACAUUUGUUACUAGUAUGUUAUUCCCUGGCUGUUCUGUGUAACUGCCUUUAGGGUAAAAAAAUAAAUAAAAAUUUCUUCUUCUUAAUAGGCUGGUGGUAAGGCUGGCAAAGAUAGCGGGAAGGCUAAGGCCAAAGCUGUAUCUCGCUCCCAAAGAGCAGGCUUGCAGGUAAAUAUGCAUGUUUUUAUUGCUAGAUUGCAUACUAAUCUUUGUAACUGAGCGAAUAGUCUAAAAAUGCACUGUAUAAAACAUUUGCGCUUUAUUUUGUAGUUUCCAGUGGGCCGUAUCCACAGACACUUGAAGACCCGUACUACAAGCCAUGGACGUGUUGGUGCUACAGCAGCUGUAUACAGCGCUGCAAUUCUGGAAUAUCUCACUGCCGAAGUAUGUGCUUACGGGCAAUGCCAAAGUGCAUUUAGUCACAGUUUGAAUUCACAUUAGCAAAAAAGUCUAGCAGUAUCUAAAAAGAUACAUUUAACGGUUUUAAUACCUUAUAGGUUUUGGAGCUGGCAGGAAAUGCCUCCAAAGAUCUAAAAGUGAAGCGUAUCACUCCUCGUCACUUGCAGCUAGCCAUCCGUGGAGAUGAAGAGUUGGACUCUCUCAUCAAGGCAACCAUUGCCGGAGGAGGUAUAUAUCUUUGCCAUGUAUAUUCUCAGUUGUAUUUAAUACAUUGGAUCUUGACUUAAGUUCACAUAGUUUUAAGGCAUGGGAGGGGCUGGAGCAACACACACGUUUUACUAAAAACACUUGGUCACACUUGAUCCAUGACUUAAUAUAUUCUCUUUUCUAGGUGUCAUUCCCCACAUCCACAAAUCGCUGAUUGGAAAAAAGGGACAGCAGAAAACUGCAUAAGGAAUCAGUGUCCUGCUGCCCUAUACUAUUGUACUGUAACUGGGACAGAAGAAAAAAAUGGGGAUAUGUGGAAUUUGUUUUGUUUAUUUUCAUUUAAUUUUUUUAAAGAACUAGUUAAAUGGAAGAGCAUAGACACCAGAGUGUAGAUUUGAGAACAUUUGUAUGUUGUUUAGGUAAAGUUUCACAGAAAAGUUCUUUGAGUCAUGUGACUGAAAUCUGUGUGUUGAUUGGCUAGGUUUCUCCCGUGUGUUUUAUACAAAAAUGGAACAGAUAAACCAUUUUUUACAUACGUUUGACUCUGUGUGACAUUCUCCAAUAGCUUAUUUCUCAAAUGUGACCAAAUGUUCUUUAAAUUUUAUUGGAUAACGAUACCUAAAUUAAAUUUUUCUUAAUUAAAAAAAAAAAAAAUCUAAUAUUUGCAUAACAAAUCUAAUAAGCUUUGACACAAGUGCUCAUAGAACGGAGCUUAUUAAAUUUUGUAGGGGCCCGUGCGAUUUUGUAGCCAUAUCACUUAAGUGAAUUUGGUGGGGGGAAAUUGCACAUAUUGACAAAUGCAUUCAAGCAUAUUGAAUGUAGAAAUGCAUAUCCAUACAGUUGAGUGUUUCAUAAAUAGACCCUUAAGACUCCAUGGAUAAUAGUAAUUCUCUUAAUGUGUUAAGCAUCACAGACUAUUGGACCUCACAAAAUAUUUGAAUGCACUUUGGUCUUUUACAAAAACAACUCUAAAGGCAGGCAGUAUUUUGGGUCCUGUUUUUUUUUGCAAGACCCAAGAAUACCUCCAUUUAUACUUAACAGCUGAAGCAAUUUAUUACAUUAAGUUGACCAUUGUGUUAGGAGGUUGAGUAAUCAACCUCUUCACUGAGAUGUAGACAUGUGCACAAAUCCUUUUCAUCUGAUACUAACAUCAUAGGUGGAAAGGAUUUGUGCACAUGACAGAUGUAUUGCACGCACAUUAUGACUAGUUAUGUAGGGUCUGUGUUGUAAGUCACCAUUGUGAACUAUCACUGUAUGCAAAAAAAACAAAAACAUGGUCAAGCAAGGAACAUCAUUUGCUAAAUUAUUCAAGUCUGAUUACACAUACUUGCACCAUUUAUGUUGUACUCAAUAUACAGCUAUGUGGAGGAGACAUAGCUGUGCAUUUCAAAAUAACUUUGGGUUUUGGCUGUACUUAAUCACGUGUCACAGUAAGACCUGUGUGGACUGACCAGUUACGGUUCUUAAAUCCCUUAUCACGUUAAAUUCUUCAUUAGCAUUUAACGGGGUUGGGGGGAGGAGGGGUACAAAGCAAACACCUCCAAAACUCAAUUGUGGGCAAUGUCUGUUCCCCAUAACACUGAUGGAUGUGGGUCCCCUGGCAUUCCUUCCCUAGAAUUGUAAAGGCCAAAACAGCUUUGCAAAUGAUGCAAGUUUUUUUAAAAAAGGAAGCACAACUCAAAACUAGAGAAGUGACUUAAAUAAAUGAAGCAAAACAAAAUGUCUGUCUCAAUGUGUUCAGUCAAAUUGAUUAAUGGAUGGUAGGCCUAGUAAAUUAUGCAAAUUUACACCUAUCAAAGUGUAUUCAAAAGUGACAAACCAACUCUCCUACAGAACUUCUUCCAAGAAUAAAAACAAAUCAUGUAAUCCUUGCAAAAUGGCACAAUUCUAACAUUUAAAUGAACAUUACUAUCAAAUUAAACAAGAGUGAGUUUAACCCCUUUAAACACCACUGACAUAACAAAACCAGCUUUUAAGGAUUCUAUAAAGACGUACAGUGUAUGUUGGCAUGUAUACACUUGGUGACCAAUUACAAAAGCUGUACGACAACAAAAUAAUUAGGCAUCAGGACGUCUCCAAAGGCAAGUUAUCACUGGCACUCAGUAAGGAGGUCUUCCAUUUUUAAUGGUACACGACACAAUUGUAGCUUAUACUGCACUAAUAUAGCUUUAGCACUAAAGUUUUCCAUUAAUUGCUCAAGAGUGUUCUUACCAGCACAGGAUUUUUGUGAUGGCCAAUCAAAGCAGUUUUAGGUCAUGACUGAGCAAGUGCAUAUCAAGAUAAGCUGUCCAUGUGAUGAUGCUGGCAUCAGUGAGGCUGUCCAGCAACAGUGACUGAUAGGUGACAAACUAAGGCAAUGUGAUAAUGGUAUACUGUGGAUAGGCAACAUCUUGCAUAUAUAAACUGACAGAAGGAUAUAACAUUAAAGGGAUUCUGUAAGCAUCAAAACAACAUUAGCAUAACAAAGCAGUUUUAGUAUAUAUAUCUUGUCACUGCAAUCUCACUGCUUAAUUCUCUGCCAUUUAGGAGUUAAUGUAUUCCUCUUAAUGGAGCCCUAGCCACACCUACCCAGGCUAUGACAAACAGAAUGACCACCAAUGGAAAAAAAA